AUGGAAAAUGAAGCUAAAGAAUUAGAAAAAAAAGCAGAACAGUUGAACAAGAAAGGUUUUCUUGCUUCUUUUUUUGGAACUGAUAAUACUGAUGAAAUAAUAAAUUGUUAUAACUUGGCGGCGAAUAAAUAUAAACUAUCUCAUAAAUGGAAAGAAGCUAGCUGUUGUAUUUUAAAAAACGCCUUGUUACACAAAAAAAACAAUGAGACAAGUUAUUGCGCUAAUGCCUAUUUGGAGGCAGGGAAUAUAGCUAAAAAAUAUGAUAAAAUGGAGGCCAUAAAACAUAUUGAAGAAGCCGUAAAUAUGUAUGCAACUAUUGGAAGGUUCUCCAAUUGUGGGAAAUGUGAAAAAAAUAUUGCAGAAAUUUAUGAAGAUUUAUAUGAUUUUGAUAAUGCGUCUAAAUAUUAUAAAAAAGCUGCUUAUUAUUUUGAAAUGGAUGAAUAUUCAAAAUCAGUAUAUACGCAGUGUAUCGUAAAAUAUGCUGAAUUAAAUUCACAAUAUAAUCAUGAAUAUGAGGAUGCCAUAAGUAUAUUUGAAAAGGAAGCCGAAAAGGCUUUAAAAAGCACACUCCUACAAUAUGGAGCCAGAGAUUAUUAUAUAAAGGCAGGAAUUUUACACAUUGUAAUAGGUGACCUAGUUAAUGCUAAAAUAUCAAUAGAUAAAUAUUGUAUGAACGAUCCACGUUUUUUAAAUUCAAGAGAAAAAAAGUUUUUAGACAAUAUUAUUGAUGCAGUUACUGAACAGAAUGUUGAAGAAUUUGAAGAAAUUGUUCAUGAAUAUGACCGUAUAACUAAAUUGGAUAAUUGGAAAGUUCAUUUUCUUUAUAAAAUUAAAUCAAAAUUAAGUGUUGAACCAAAUGUAGAAUUAACAGCUGAUGGCAAUGUUGAUUUAACAUAA